AUGUCGAUCGCAUCAACCGCACAUUCAGCACAAUUGUUGAACCAUGUGCUGACAGCCUUUCUCUCAGAAGAAUUGUCUGUCGAUCGUAAUCUACCCUUUGUUUUAGAGAUCAUAAUCAACCACCAAUUGCUUGCUUUUUCACCAGCGGAAGACAAUGUGGACGAAAGCGCUGUUUUCAGAAAAUGGACAGUUAGACUCAACGCAUUACUGAACUCAAAACAUGCAUCAGUACGCUGUGCCGCCAUUGCACUCAUCAAAAUUACUUGUGAACAAUCUUCUACUAUGCUUGUCACAAAUAUCCAGACAUGGUCUAUGCAACUUCUUAAUCUUGUUCUGAAACCUGAACCUGAGGUUGUUCAUAAAGAGGCUAUCAAUGCGCUUUCCUAUAUAUAUCAAUAUACUGUAAACAAGCCCGAACUUCAGCGUGAAAUCACAUCACCCAAUAUGAGCAGAUUUAACCAGGCUCUCUUGACAUUGAGCCAUAACCGUGAAUUUUUGCCUACCACACUUGCAGCCUUGACAAUCAAUGCAAAACUAUUCCCUUCAGCAUCUCGCCACGUUGCUGAUCAUUGUCAAAAACUUUGCUUGUCACACAUGGAUGGUUCUUAUUAUCUCGACACAGAGACCACUACAGCUGUUGCACGUUGUAUGGCAACAUUGUAUCAGACUGGCGUAAAGGUGGCUGUAGUGGACCAGUGGAAACAAACUCUUCUGCGACUUAUUGGAUCAGUCCACGUCUCGCUUGACCGUUUAUUCGAUACUGUAGAUGAAGAGUACGAUGUCAACGAUGCAUUGGAGAGCUUUCCAUAUCCCCCUCUUUCAAUUGACUUUAGAGAAGCCUUCCCAGUACUUGCAAGAAGAAUCCAUAUUCUCGAAGAGUGCAUUAUAGAGUUUACGAGCACGCAAACAAGUGUGGCUGUUCCAAUGCCAGUUUCCCAUAUUUUGGAUCUUGUCUGUAGAAUUUAUAAUGUCUAUGAAGGAUCGUUGAUGCGUGAAUAUAAGGAAAAGGCAGAGUUCAACUCUCUUAUGUCUUUCUUGCCAUCUUUACAUUUGGGUGCAAACAAACUACUUGCAAGCCUUAUUUACUGCUCAGGACAAGAGAUGUCACGAUAUAGUAAAUUGUUCUCACGGAUCCUACUCCGUCUUUUGACCGAACACAAGGGCAGAAGAGUAUUGAAGAUUUCUGUAUAUACCCUGAUGUCUUUAUGUUUCCAAAAAUGUGGAUAUGCAUUUGCCAAUGCUGUUGCGAAGCCAUUAUGUCCUAUCUUGUUAGAGGAUAUCAAACUUGUGGAAGAGCAGAAAAUUAGUGUCAUGAACCCAUCCCAUGGUGGAAAGAAAUCAGGCAAGAAGAGACGCCAUGAAGUUACCAAUUCAGAUGCUUUGGCAACCACCGAAACUGUUUCAGCAGCAGAUACCGAAGUUCAGCUCGCUGCUCUUUCUGUCCUUGAAUCACUCAUGACUUGCUACGGCUCUUCGAUGGAAAACAUUAUGCGCACCUCUAUUGACAGUACUCUUCUUUCAACCAUCCUCCAAGGAACUCAGAUGACAGAGACUCCUCGUGAAUCAUUUGUUCUUGCCAAACAGAAGCUUUACCAAUGUCUAUUAACAUCGGUUAUGCACCCCAUUGAAACACAAGCUAGCAUCCUUCCUCAUGCUAUGCGCAUUUUUUCUGCUGGUGUAAAUGAUCAAACUCAACAGCUCCGACUUACUUGUCUUCAUGGCUUGGCUGUGUGUGAUCUUAUUAUCCACCCUCGUCUCCCACCUAUUCAACGUGCUGCAAUCGAACCUUCGUCUGUACAUCUUCCCGAUACAGAAGCCUUCAAAUCUUCGGUAGAAAAUCAGACACCUACCACUCAGCAGCCUACCACUCAAGACAGCGAUGCAUUCGGUUCGCAUAGUGUAGCAGACAAUUUAACAGAACAUGACACAAAAAAGCAAAAGAUUACAACCACAGAAUCUAGUGAAAUUUAUCAGCAUAGUGUUUCGUCAAUUGUGCCUACAUUUGGCCAACCUAAACAAACAUCUUCUACUCAAUACACACCUACACAUACCUCACCUUCGCUGAACAUUCAGAAAGAUGAAACCGAGACGUUUAUUGCUACUACUACAACUACACUGGUGCCAGUAAAAUCUGUUGAUGAUGCGCCGAAAAGCCCAAUUACUAAACCUACAGAGACGACCCACGUAUCCAGUAUGAUUGCAUCGAUUACUUCAGAGCAAGAAACUUCACAGAGUAUAGCUCCCACUCCUGUUCCGCAAAACAUCUCUUAUGGAACAGAGGAUAUGGAUGAUGAUGACAUGAUGGAAAUACCAGAGAUUGAUUUGGCUGGUCCAGACUCUGACGAAGAGGACUAG